CAGUUCUGCGAGUUCCGUAUGUGUUGCGGAAAAUACCCUUUUUGGGCGUCCGACCACAUGUGUGAAUUGUGAACAAAAUAUGGUUCAAUAGUGAUUUUCAGCACAAAAAACCUUUAUUCGCAGUGUUCAGUAUAGGGGAUCGAUAGGUACAGUGCGCCCGGAGCGUUGUGUGUCAUCGGAAAGUCUAAAAGAGCCGUCGGAAGUCUAUCUUUUUGAUGUAAAUACGGUCCGAAUAGGUUCUGUCUGGUGCGUGUUUCGAAGUCAGCGAAUAACUCUCGAUUUGUUAAACUCUAGUCCUUGUUAUUAGUUGUGUGCACCGCGGCGGUACAAGUCGACCUUCAGGCGAUUGAUUUGGGUCGCGUUUUACGGGAAAGUUCGCCUCGCUCCGUGGGUACGGCCCGCAGCAUGCCGUCGUGCUGCUAAGUGGCAUGGAUGCGCGCUCGUGAUCGUCGGCCGGCGCGGAGCGCGCGCCCGAGCUUAUAUAACGAGGAUAGCGGCGGCAUGGCCGCGAGAGUGUCGGUCGAGGGCGCAGGGCCCUCGUACGCCUCGGUGCUGAACUUCAAAGGGGGGGAUAGUAAUAAGGAGAACAUAGAGACUUCUGAGGAGACAGUGGACGUGGUGCCGCGGCAGGAUGAGGAGGAGGAGGAGGGCUUCGUGCCGGUGAUGUCGCACGGACGGCGGCCGGGCAAGGGUCGUAAGGAGCGUGAGCGCAGAGCGCCGCCCCGGGCACAUAAGAACCCUCAGCCCCACACUGAUCCACAGCCCUCGCAGGAACAACAGCAGCAGUCGGCAGAGGAUCAACCCAAGAAGUUUGUAGAGGCUCCCAUACCGAAGGUCAAUCCUUGGCAGGUCCGCGGAGGCAGUACGGGAGUUCCGCCGCCGGCUCCCCCGUCACUUCUAGAAGAGAAAAGAACUCCGUUACAGCCGCAGCAGCAGGGCAGGGUACAGCCACCACCACCAGAACCAGUCGUGGCCCUACCAGCUCCUAAACCAAGUGUCGUGAAGGCAACAAAGACUGUAAAGAUUAAUCAAAAGGCUUCGGACUUCACGGACAUCGGGGACUGGCCUACACUAGGAGCAGCUACUGGUGCGGCGCGUUGUCACUCCACGCCCCCACCACAUGAUGCUGACUCCUCGCAUCAUAACGGCAAUGCGGAUCAGGAGAGGAAGCCACCAGAGGAGCAACAGACGAAGUCGGAUAAGGUGGAGAUACAGCACAAUCACCAGGCUCACAAUGACAAACAUCACGACAAGCAUACGGACAAGAAUAAAACUGGCACAGGUGCAGGCAAAGGCAGCAGUAAAUCAGGGAAACACAAAUGGGUCCCGUUAGAUAUAGAUGUGAAAGCUCCGAGACCAGGCAAACAUGGACCUCCACAUUCACACAGGAAUGAUAAUGAUACAGUAUCACUGAACGGUGAAGACCGAGGUCGUAUGGGCAAUCGUGGUAGGGGCUCGACGAGAGGACGCGGCGGACGCAGGACAACGCCCCGCCCAGCAUCCGCGUUGCCACUCCCACCGCACGCACUCUACCACCACGAGUUCACACAUCCCGACCUGCCACAGCUGCGAGCUCAAGCCGGCGUCGCGCAGGGCCUGAUGCUGCACUACGGCGCGCUGCACGUCGCGCCACUCGCACAGGCGUACUACUACAACGCCCCGCCCUACGGCCUAGGACUGGACCAUGCCACGCUCAAGGAUCUUAUUAAGAAGCAAAUCGAGUACUACUUCAGUCCUGAUAAUUUGGCGCGUGAUUUCUUCCUGCGCCGCAAGAUGGCGGCUGACGGCACGAUACCUGUCACACUGAUCGCGUCAUUCCACCGCGUGCGCGCGCUCACUGCGGACGUGCAGCUCGUGCUGGACGCCAUACGUGACUCGGACAAGUUGCAGCUUAUUAAUGGAUUUAAGGUGCGAACAGCUUUUGAACCAACGAAAUGGCCGAUACUAGAUAUAACAAACUCUGACGACACAGAAAGAAACGAUAAAACCGAGAAGAUUUAUACAAACGAUACAGAUGUAAAAGACAAGGAAAAUAUUGACAAACAAGAUAACAAAGAAGAUGAAGUAAAAGAAGAGAAGAUAGAAGAAGCUCCAAGUAUAGAAGAGAAGGUUAUAGAGAAAGUGGACGCUGAAGUUAAAUCUGAAGUUGAUACACAGACGGUGUCUACUGUAACCAAGGAAGAGAAACCCAAUGACCAGGAUGUGGCUAAAGUAGAAGACGAAAAGGAACAAACGAUAGAGGAAAAGAAAGAGACGGAAGAUAUUGAGAAGAAGGAAGUGGAAGAGAAAGAGAAGCAGAACUCGGAAGAUCCUCCAUUGCAGUCGGAGAACGAGGAAAAGCCCGGAGAGAAAAAGCGUAAGAAGCAAAUGGUGGGUAUAUUUCCACUGGCAACAAUGGGGGGUCCACUAGUGGCUCCUGUGUCAGGACUGCUGCGUGCUGUACCUCCUCCACCAUUGCCUAGGAUGUUUCGUACCGGUCGCGCAGCACCACGAGAUAACUUAAAUCCUGAUGUACCAGAGUUUGUGCCGCAAGCGAGACGAUCAGAAGACAUCGAGAAUAAGACAGAACAAGGAGACAAACAGUCCGGGUCCAGUCCGGCUCAAAGGACUGCAUCUGAUGUAUGGACUGAGGUGAAACGUCGUACAAAAGCUGGUUCCCGUGAACGAUCGGGUACAAGCGCGGUGCCUCCCGAAGAGGAACCUCGCGAGGAGCUGCACUUCCAGCUGGAUGAGGAGCUGGAUCUACCACCUCCGAGACAUAACACUUUCACUGAUGCAUGGUCUGACGAAGAAUCCGACUUUGAGUUUACCGAUCGUGAUGUCGGUCGUCUACUCAUAGUGACGCAGACCGGCGCACGCGCACCCAAACACGACGGACAUGAUCGUCAAGGGGACUGGACGUCCAGGACUAAGAUUACACAGGAUUUAGAACAGGUGAUCACAGAUGGAUUGAAGCGCUAUGAAGAAGAUCUUUGGAAUGAUACAGAGUACACAUCUUCCUGUGGCAGCGGCAGUCAGUACCGUACGGUAUCACUUAUCAGUCGGUCGCAGUUCGAAGCCGCGGUGCCCAACGAGCGACACACUAACCCUAAGGAACCGCCGCCACCACCGCCAAAGCCAACGCAACAUUUGGAACAAUCACAAGAGCAGCCGGACAAGAAACGUCCGCGUCGCACCGCACGGUUCUACGCCGCCAGUAAAGACCCACACGCUACUGAUGUCAUAAGCGGUCGCAAACACAAGACUCGGCACAGCCUCAACCCGCCCGUGGAGCAUCAUGUGGGCUGGAUCAUGGAUGUACGUGAGCACCGCGCUCGCACGCACAGCACCGGGUCUUCACUAGGCACAUCUCCCACGCUGGGUUCCUCAUGCGGCUCAGUACCACAAGCGCUGCCAGCCUUCCAUCAUCCAAGUCAUGGUCUGCUCCGGGAGAAUCAUUUCACACAGCAGGCUUAUCAUAAGUACCAUUCCAGGUGCUUGAAGGAACGCAAGAAGUUGGGAAUCGGUCAGUCGCAGGAGAUGAACACAUUGUUCAGAUUCUGGUCCUUCUUCUUACGGGACCAUUUCAACAGGACCAUGUACAAUGAAUUCAGGACGUUAGCGAAUGAAGACGCAGCUGCCGGGUUCAGAUACGGCCUCGAGUGUCUCUUCCGCUUCUACUCUUACGGUCUCGAGCGCAAGUUCAGACCUGAGCUGUAUCAGCACUUCCAGCAGGAGACUAUAGCUGAUUAUGAAAACGGUCAGCUGUACGGUUUGGAGAAGUUCUGGGCUUUCUUGAAGUAUUAUAAGCACGCGGCCGCGCUGUGCGUUGAGCCAAAACUGGAAGGAUUCCUCGCCAAGUUCAAAUCUAUUGAAGAUUUUCGUGUGCUGGAGCCGCAACUGAACGAGCUGCUAGCUACCCGUGGUCCUCACGCGCCGGGUCGUGGUCCUCACGCGCGGCCAUAUGACCGCACGCGCUCCGUGUCGGAGAGCGAUCGCGUGCAACAAUAUAAUAUUACAAAUGCUGGACCUGCUUUCAGCCGUGGCGCUAGUGUGUCGGGCGCCGGCAGCCGCGGCCGCGCUGGUUCCUGCGGCGCGCAAAGUGUUGUCGCCAAUGCUAGGCCAAGGCCAGCAGUGAAUACGAAAUGUGACAACGCCCCAACUCAGAUGAAGUCGCUCGGGAGAACGCAUUGAUAUUGCAUUUUAUAUAAACUGAUAUUGUUAGUGCCCGGACUAUCUUUUUGUUUGGUUUUUUUUUUUAUUUUAAUUAUAAUAUAUAAAGUGUAGACUCUGUAUGUAUGAAUUAUAUCUGAUGGGGCACGGAUUUUACUACAGGAUAUGCCUGGGUUAACCUAUAUGACCAUCUCUAACGCCAACCGAUGUUUGUAUAGUACAGGCAAGUUACAACAGCACUAGUAAUGUUUUUUUUUGUUUUUUCCUCCAUGUUUUUUUUCUCUAAAUAUAAAUCUAGUAUAAUAUUAAUUUUUCCUUUUGUCUUGUGUAAGUUUUCAUAAGAUUUUCGAGGCCGUUAUCAGGAAUUGAAAUAAAUAAAAGGGAAAGAGCUAUUCCGCACGUACAUAGAUGGCGCUGUAUCCAAAUCUUGAUCGACCGUCUCGCUCGCACGUGCUGAACUAGUGUAUCUGUCCCGCUCGCACUGUCGGUCUCGAGUUCCCGACAUUGUAUAACUAUGUAUAGAUGUUGAUAUAUUUUUCAUGUAGACGAUAUGAUAUUCGAGACAUUUUGAUGUGAAUUUGAAGACUGUACCAAGUGUUGUAGAUUUUUAAAUAACUUUCCGCUAUAUAAGGCAUGUAAGACAAUAGUACGAAAUAAUCUGACCCGGUUAUAUAGUUAACAAUUCAGCGACCGACAAUGUCACUAAAAACAUGUCGGACUGUUCUGUCUGAGUUUGUAAAGUAAACAGCUCAUUAAGCUACCGACAAUGUCACUAAAAACAUGUCGGAUUAGUCUAAGUUGGUAAUGUAAAGUAAACAGCUCAUUUAGCUACCGACAAUGUCAUUAAAAACAUGUCGGACUGUUCUGGCUGAGUUUGUAAAGUAAACAGCUCAUUUAGCUACCGACAAUGUCACUAAAAACAUGUCGGACUGUUCUGUCUGAGUUUGUAAAGUAAACAGCUCAUUAUGUGACCGACAAUGUCACUAAAAACAUGUCGGACUGUUGUGAGUUUGCAAAGAAGAGUAAACAGUUCAUUAUGCUACCGACAAUGUCACAAUAUCCUUGUCGGACUGUUAUAUGUCGAAGUUUGGAUAUUUUCAGACGUAAUAACGUAACCGGGUCAGAUAACUUUGUUGCACUAUAAUUAGCUAACAAACAUACAGACAAGCAAUAAUUAUAAAGACUAUUCCUUUUAUGGCUUUUCACAUUGACUGCCAGAUAUAUUACAGUAGAAUUAUGCAGUGUAUUAUACUGUCUCUGUCUUUUCAAAGCGUAUGAAAGGGAUAGCGAUAUGCAGUACAAGUUCUGCAGUUUUACGUUGACUUGCACAUAAUACAAGAUCGUAGACUGGAAAUAUCAAAUAUCAAACUUAUAUUGAAUGCGUGGUACGUAAUGUCAACUGUAUUUUGCUCCGCCAUCUUGUAAAUUGCAGCGACUUUCGAUCUUGAAAAAUAGGUUGCGAGCGACUGGCUUUUGACAGAUAGCAAUGUCGUCGAUGCGUCUUUAGUCGUUAAAGUUUGUAGCUCGCUACAUGUUUGUGAAUAUCAAGGAAAAUCGUUGGAAUUUUCAAGAUGGCGACACACGUUGACGAUUUACUGUGAAAAAUAGUAAAAUAACAUUUUUGUCACUAAAUGGCAUGAUUCUCCUUUUUUUAAUAUUUAAAAGCCGUAUCAUUAAUAUGUUUGAAAAGCACAAAUUUGUAUGUAGGUAGUUUUAAAUAAAUGAUUUAUAACUACCCACAUAUUUGGUGUUGCCAGUCCACGAUCUUUAUAAAAUGUUAAGGUGUUUGAAGAUUUUAUUAUAAGGUUAAUAUUUUCAUAGUUGUAGCGUUUGGCGUAUUGUGAUUUGGAUUACAUAUUGUCGUCUCUUUUUUAUUAAAGCAAAUGAAAAGGAUGGUAAUAUAUUGCAAAGAGUUAUUUGGUUACAUGAAAUAAGAAAAAUAAUUGGGAAUGUUUUUGGCUAUUUUUAAUAUUUUUGAUUCAAAAUUAAUGCUAUUAAUGUAUUUUAAUUAGGAUUUAAGAUUCGUCAAACAGUUUUUUUUAAAGCAAUCGAAAAGCUAUUAUUUACGUCUUAAUUUAAGUUUAAAUAAUAAUUUUUUGAUAAAUAACUCGUAUAUGGAAUUUUCAUUUCAGUAAAAAAAAUCGAUUAUAAAUCCUAAAUGCAUUUUUUUUAUAAUACGCUAAACGCUACAUAUUUCAUUCUGACAUCACUAACUUGCUCAAUGCUUUAAUUUUAUGCCGAUUGCAGAUGUACUGACAUGAGCAAACAAAUCGAUUAAUCGACAAACAUCGAUAUCGAUUUAUAAUCGAUUAAACGUAAUUAUAUAAUAAAAACUGUAUAUUGCACUAAAUAAUAAUAGUUAUAGCUAUACAAAAAAAAACGAAAAAUUUGAGUGUGUUGAAAUUUAUUUUCUUAGUACGUAAGGAUGCUUUUUUUUAAUUAUAUAAAGCGUGUUGCGACGCGUGGAUUUCUACCAAUUUUUAUGAUUAAAAAAAAAAUAGAAAAAUCAUUUAGUAAAAACUACCGAAUUCGCACAUUUUUUUUUGUUACUGGCAACACUGGAAUUCGCGCGUCGCUCGCGCUGCCUUAUUUCGUAAUUUAGGUUAUGAACAUCUCUUGACAUAGCUAACGUCGCUUCUUUCACUUUGCGUGUAAAAAAAUAGUUCCUAUUAUUUUAAUAAAACAUUUAAUAGGUUCUUUCUUACAACAAUUGACACAGGAAUUAAUCAAUACACAAAAAAAAUAUGGCCGAGAAUUAAAAGUAAAAAAAAAUAUAGAUUGAACUUUCUCGUUACGAUAAAAUUAAUCAUUUAUUAAUAAUCACAAUUCACAAAUUAAAUUAUGGUGCAAGAUUUAGAAAAAACUAAAAAAAAAUACUUAAAAAAUAUCUACUUAUAAUGCCAAUAGUUAAAUAUUAGUAUUAUUCCCAAGGAUCUUUCUCAUCUCUACUUCAUUUUAUCCAAAAUAAAGGCAUUUCUUAUAUUCAUAAGAAGUAAAUAUUUUGUUUAUUUUAUUUUGGAUUUUUGAUGUUUGAGAAAGGGGAAUUUUUCUGUGCAAUUUUUUUAUGUCCAUUAAAAAUAAGGCAACACGUAUUCAAUCUGUCAACUUGUGCAACUUUAAAAAAAACUUUUUAUUUUUUGGCUUAAUACGCUUCGUGUGAAAGCCAAAUGAAAAAAAUAAAAAAUUUAGUCGAAUAUUAAUGUUUGUUCGUGUUGACAAUUUCUGUGUCAAUAUAAAAACAGAUAUUUUGUAAUAUUUUGGACCGUCCCGUAUUGACAUUUUAUUUAUAUACAGUUUGAAAAAUGUUGAGUGUUUCUGAUAUGUGUGACAAGGAAGCGAACGAGAGCUUAGUCUUGUACUGCUGUGCUAUUAUUGUUAAUAGCAUUUCGAUGAAAAAUAACCUAAAAAAUCACCAUCACUUUGCCCUUACAAAGUACGUAAAAGAAAACUAAAUAUAGCAAAAUAAAAAUUAAAUUGUUUAAAUUCAUCAAAAUUGUAUAAUAUGCUAAUUCAGCCUUUAAUUAGUUGUAAAUAAAAUAAGUUAAUCGAAAGUCAUUUUAAGAUCUCGGAAUAUAAAAAAAAUCUUACAUUUCUUUUUUAAAUAAAUAAAAUCAGUGUCCAGUUUUUUUCUUAUAUUAAAUUUGUGAAAUAAAUUAGUAUAAUAUACGCUACAUUUAAUUUCAAAUUUAUUUAAAAAUUAAUAAGGUUAUGAUUUAUAUCUUUGACAGUUAAUGUUUUGGUGGGAAA